CUCAUAUCUCCUCUCGGUUUAUUUUUAAUUUUAUGCAUGCUGCAGUUGUUUUGGUUGACUGAGGAGCAGCUCUGAUUUCUGUAAGGACAACAGAGGGUGUAUUAAAACACGAUUUUUUAUUGUAUUUUGCGUUAAUACUCUACAAACCUGUGCGUAAGUGUAUCCAUAUUAUCGUUAUUACUUCUAUUAACACGGAUGUGCAGCUUCACGGAGAGGAUAUGUACCAGGGUAUAAUGACCACCAACCACGGACCCCCGUCCUAUGAGGCCGGAUUUCUCCACAAUGCCUCGACGGGCACCUCGCCGGUAUAUGUGCCAACUACCCGGGUCGUCACCCCCAUGAUCCCGACUUUGCCUUACCUCCAGGCGCCCGGUGCGUCGCAACAGAGCAGCCCCGUGUCAAGCCACUCUGCUUGGGCACAGCCGGGCGCCGAUUCGGUGCCCUCGUACAACCACUCCCCGGUGUCUCCGCGCUUCACCUUCUCCACCAGCCCGCCUCUGUCCUCCGGGGUGGCCGCGGCCAGGGAGACGGCAGCCUCUUACACUAGCCCGCUAACCAUCUCUGCAAACGGGAGGGAGCACUACGGCGCACGGAGCCUCAGCGGGUCUUACCAUAGUCCCUACCCGGCCUACAUGAGCCCGAACGUGGGUGGAACAUGGCCGGCAUCUCCUUUCGAAAGCCCGGUCCUGCAUGGUCUCCAAACUGGCGCUCCCCCGGGGACACCACGGCACCCAAAUAUAGAUCUUUUUGAUGACUUUGCUGAGGGGCGAGAAUGUGUGAACUGUGGGGCAAUGUCGACCCCUCUUUGGAGGCGGGAUGGUACGGGCCACUACCUGUGUAAUGCCUGCGGACUGUACCACAAGAUGAAUGGCAUCAACAGACCUCUUAUCAAACCCCAAAGACGACUGUCUGCUUCAAGGAGGGUGGGCCUGUCCUGCACCAACUGUCACACCACCACCACCACCCUGUGGCGGCGAAAUGCAGAGGGGGAGCCAGUCUGUAACGCUUGUGGCCUUUACAUGAAACUUCAUGGGGUCCCACGACCCCUGGCUAUGAAGAAAGAGGGGAUCCAGACCCGUAAACGCAAACCAAAGAAUCUCAACAAGUCCCUAACUGGGACUCCAGGCAUUGAGGGGUCUCCAGUAACACCAAGCAGCACUCCCCGCGCCCCGACCACCACAGACGAGCCUCGCCAGAUAAAGACAGAGCCGGAGACUCACAGCUUGUACACACACCACAACACGCAAACACAGAUCUCAGCCCUGCCAGCUUACAUGGCAGUUCAAGGAGGGGCCAUUCCUCUCAAAAUGUCCCCUGGGGGCCACAUUGGAUCUUCUAACUCAAAAGCUGAACCCUGGAACAACUUAAUCCUGGCUUAGAAGACCUGCCUGCAGACCCAGCAUCUAAAACCGUAUAUAGUGUAUAUCGUGUAAGCUCUCCUGAGUGGCUCCUACAGUGCCUUCAGUGCAAUGCUCUGGGACGGAAAUGUGGAUGCCACAACAGAAAUGUGGAUCUUUAACAGCUCUGAGAUACUGCGUGCAGAAUCAGAGCAAGGGAGGAGGACUGAAUGGAGAAUCCUUAAAGAGCAGCACUGUGAUAAUAUCCAUCCGCCCAUUGAAGUAUAUGAAAAACAGUUAAAAAAGGGAACUUAUUUGUCACUCUCACCUGUUCUAUCGUGCCAGUGCAGGAUGGUUUAGUGCUUCUAACAUAAAACAGUGACAAAUAACAUGAAAGGCCAGACUUUAUUUACUUGAGUGAAUUUCUAUUUCAAUAUAUUUGUUCAUUUUAAGAAUUUGCAUAUCAUUAUUUACAAAUUACCAAAGGAGAAAAGAGACAGAUGUAACAAAAAAAAAUCACAACAGAAACCCUUAUGUCAAAGGUGGUACCAUAGCAGUUUUGGAGCAAGUCUACUUAAAGGGUCAGUUCACACAAACUCUCUCUCUCUCUCUCUCUCUCUCUCUCUCUCUCUCUCUCUCUCUCUCUCUCCCUCUCUCACUCUCACUGACACACACACACACACACACACACACAAACACACACACACACACACACACACACACACACACACACACACACACACACACACACACACACACACACACACACACACAAGCCGUGUUUGUAUUUCAGUUAUUUGAGGAUCACAUAUUUCUAUUCCUCUCAGUUGUAAUGGAUGAUGAAGCAGAAAGCAAUGCAGCAGAUAUAUGUAUGAUUGGAGGAAAAAUUAGACUUUUCCUUUUAAUUUUGGGUGAACUGACCCUAUAAAUAUACAAGAUGUGUUGGCAAUCAUUGACUAUGGACAUCUAACUCUACAAAGACAAACUUAAUCAAGACAUCCAUCACUCCUAAACAUUGUUUCCACAGCCUCCAGUAAAAAUCAAUAACCCCAUCUCAGUGUAAUAGCAACCACUCCCUGGUGGCCUGUUGUUUCCGGUACAGCUUUCACUGUUUGUGUGUGUGUGUGUGUGUGUGUGUGUGUGUGUGUGUGUGUGUGUGUGUGUGUGUGUGCGUGUGCGUCUUUGUCCUUUGAUUUAAAGUAUAAGAAACAAAUGUCAGUACUGACAUAUAUUUGACACAAAAAAUACAUGAUUAACUACCUAUGCAGCAAAAGUUUCACAUGAUGAAUGAGCUGUGGGUGAACUGGCACACAGCUCCCUCUGCUGUCACAAGUGUAGACUUGCAUCCACAAGAAGGGUUGACUUUCUCUGGCAUCUUCAAAAAUCCUGCAAGUAUUUAUUAUUAGAGGCACAACUCCAAAAAACAUGUUUAUCUGAAUAUCGUCUGUGAGCUGAAAGUUCUUUGAUAAACAGUAUGAAGGAGUUCUGUAUGAUGACUGUACAGUAUUUUAGCAAUACUUAAUGCUUUCAUUUGCUUGUUAAAAGCAUGGGCGCAACAUGUGUAAAAUUGGGAUACCAUCACAUGUAAUUAUCACCAUAACAAAUAUAUGAACAUAUAUGUAAAAAAACAACCUCCACUCCAGUAUAAUUGUGUAAUACACCAUUUGUGAUAUAUUGUAAGUAAACACAGAGGACACAGCGAGAGGUGGAUGUACGUUUGUAGACUUUCUCUGUGAAACCGGUCCUCUGUGUGCACCUGUGCCUCUACUGAGCAAACCAAUAAAGACGAAGCAUUGUGACAUAA